AUGUCUAAACAACUUGUAAAACUUAAUGAUGGAGUCGAAUCAAUUAUUGCUGAAUUCGAUUCAUUAAUGGAAGAAACAUUUGAUGAAAUUCAUGAAGUAACCAGAAAAGCUUCAUUCACCCUUUGGAAUAAUAUAUUUAAUUAUACCAACAAACAACCAGGCGGUUGUCAAACUUAUUAUUAUUAUCAAUUGAAACAAUUUGAAGAAACAAUAUAUUCAAGUUUAAAUGAUCAAAUGAUAUUAAUGAAGGCAUAUAAUAAAUCUAACAAGGUUGGUGUUCCGUUAGUUCUAUUCGAUCUUUGUUUUACUGAACAGUUAUAUCUAAUGCGGAAGACUUUGAUUGCAGAAUAUAAAAUGUAUGUUGAUAUCUUGGUGAUUAAAUUAAGAUUGAAGAAAUUGCUUAUAGAUUCAAGAGAUGAAUGA